GAGGUGGGACCAAGCCAGGCCGAGGUCAGCCAGGCUGGGGCUGGGCAGCUGACAGAUGAGGCUGUGGGCAGGGGCGGAGCCAGGGCGCUGAGGGGCCAGUGCCGAUCCUUGGAUCCCUGCCACAUAGAGAGGGGCUGAGAUGCCCGACCUCACCGGGCAGCUGGGAGACAUGAGCCCCAUGAGGGUUGAGGGAAUAGGGCUGAGGCGCACGCGGCCUCUUCUACUCCCGCUUGCUGAUGCCGGAGCACCACGGGAAUAGCUCUGCCGCUGAUGCUGUGUGGGCCGGGGCAAGGCCUCCUCUCUCUGUGUGUCCUGGGCCUCCUGGACCUCCUGGGCAAGGAAGGUGGUCUCUCGUCCACGCCGCCUCCUGCACUUGAGCUGAGGGCACCUGUCUCACCUUUUCACCUCUACCCAGGUGCACCCAGGGUCUCCACAUCCCUGUCCUGGGAGCGGGUGGGCUGUGUGGCCAGGGGACUGCAAGGCCUCUGCUGAGUCUUUCGGAGUUUCCAGGUCAUCCCCACAAAAGUCCUCUGGAGAAGUGUCUGCAGGUGUGGCCGACCUGAGGUGCCCUGAGUGGGCUGUAGAGGCCACCAUGCAGGAUGUCCAAGGCCCCCGUCCCGGAAGCCCCGGGGAUGCUGAAGACCGGCGGGAGCUGGGCUUGCACAGGGGCGAGGUCGACUUUGGAGGGUCUGGGAAGAAGCGAGGCAAGUUUGUACGGGUGCCGAGCGGAGUGGCUCCGUCUGUGCUCUUUGACCUGCUGCUUGCUGAGUGGCACCUGCCGGCCCCCAACCUGGUGGUGUCCCUGGUGGGUGAGGAGCAGACUUUCGCCAUGAAGUCCUGGCUGCGGGAUGUGCUGCGCAAGGGGCUGGUGAAGGCGGCUCAGAGCACAGGAGCCUGGAUCCUGACCAGUGCCCUCCGCGUGGGCCUGGCCAGGCAUGUCGGGCAGGCCGUGCGCGACCACUCGCUGGCCAGCACGUCCACCAAGGUCCGUGUGGUUGCUGUCGGCAUGGCCUCGCUGGGCCGCGUCCUGCACCGCCGCAUUCUGGAGGAGGCCCAGGAGGAUUUUCCUGUCCACUACCCUGAGGAUGACGGCGGCAGCCAGGGCCCCCUCUGUUCACUGGACAGCAACCUCUCCCACUUCAUCCUGGUGGAGCCAGGCCCCCCGGGGAAGGGCGAUGGGCUGACGGAGCUGCGGCUGAGGCUGGAGAAGCACAUCUCGGAGCAGAGGGCGGGCUACGGGGGCACUGGCAGCAUCGAGAUCCCUGUCCUCUGCUUGCUGGUCAAUGGUGAUCCCAGCACCUUGGAGAGGAUCUCCAGGGCCGUGGAGCAGGCUGCCCCGUGGCUGAUCCUGGCAGGCUCGGGGGGCAUUGCCGAUGUGCUUGCUGCCCUAGUGAACCAGCCCCACCUCCUGGUGCCCAAAGUGGCCGAGAAGCAGUUUAAGGAGAAGUUCCCCAGCGAGCAUUUCUCUUGGGAGGACAUCGUGCGCUGGACCAAGCUGCUGCAGAACAUCACCUCACACCAGCAACUGCUCACCGUGUACGACUUCGAGCAGGAGGGCUCCGAGGAGCUGGACACGGUCAUCCUGAAGGCGCUGGUGAAAGCCUGCAAGAGCCACAGCCAGGAGCCUCAGGACUAUCUGGAUGAGCUCAAGCUGGCCGUGGCCUGGGACCGCGUGGACAUCGCCAAGAGUGAGAUCUUCAAUGGGGACGUGGAGUGGAAGUCCUGUGACCUGGAGGAGGUGAUGGUGGACGCCCUGGUCAGCAACAAGCCCGAGUUUGUGCGCCUCUUUGUGGACAACGGCGCAGACGUGGCCGACUUCCUGACGUAUGGGCGGCUGCAGGAGCUCUACCGCUCCGUGUCACGCAAGAGCCUGCUCUUCGACCUGCUGCAGCGGAAGCAGGAGGAGGCCCGGCUGACGCUGGCCGGCCUGGGCACCCAGCAGGCCCGGGAGCCACCCGCGGGGCCGCCGGCCUUCUCCCUGCACGAGGUCUCCCGCGUACUCAAGGACUUCCUGCAGGACGCCUGCCGAGGCUUCUACCAGGACGGCCGGCCGGGGGGCCGCAGGAGGGCGGAGAAGGGCCCGGCCAAGCGGCCCACGGGCCAGAAGUGGCUGCUGGACCUGAACCAGAAGAGCGAGAACCCCUGGCGGGACCUGUUUCUGUGGGCCGUGCUGCAGAACCGCCACGAGAUGGCCACCUACUUCUGGGCCAUGGGCCAGGAAGGUGUGGCAGCCGCACUGGCCGCCUGCAAAAUCCUCAAAGAGAUGUCGCACCUGGAGACGGAGGCCGAGGCGGCCCGAGCCAUGCGCGAGGCGAAAUACGAGCAGCUGGCCCUUGACCUCUUCUCCGAGUGCUACAGCAACAGUGAGGCCCGCGCCUUCGCCCUGCUGGUGCGCCGGAACCGCUGCUGGAGCAAGACCACCUGCCUGCACCUGGCCACCGAGGCUGACGCCAAGGCCUUCUUUGCCCACGACGGCGUUCAGGCCUUCCUGACCAGGAUCUGGUGGGGGGACAUGGCCGCAGGCACGCCCAUCCUGCGGCUGCUAGGAGCCUUCCUCUGCCCCGCCCUCGUCUAUACCAACCUCAUCACCUUCAGUGAGGAAGCUCCCCUGAGGACAGGCCUGGAGGACCUGCAGGACCUGGACAGCCUGGACACGGAGAAGAGCCCGCUGUAUGGCCUGCAGAGCCGGGUGGAGGAGCUGGUGGAGGCGCCGAGGGCUCAGGGUGACCGAGGCCCACGUGCUGUCUUCCUGCUCACACGCUGGCGGAAAUUCUGGGGCGCUCCCGUGACUGUGUUCCUGGGGAACGUGGUCAUGUACUUCGCCUUCCUCUUCCUGUUCACCUACGUCCUGCUGGUGGACUUCAGGCCGCCCCCCCAGGGCCCCUCAGGGCCCGAGGUCACCCUCUACUUCUGGGUCUUUACGCUGGUGCUGGAGGAAAUCCGGCAGGGCUUCUUCACAGACGAGGACACACACCUGGUGAAGAAGUUCACACUGUAUGUGGGGGACAACUGGAACAAGUGUGACAUGGUGGCCAUCUUCCUGUUCAUCGUGGGUGUCACCUGCAGGAUGCUGCCGUCGGCGUUUGAGGCUGGCCGCACAGUCCUCGCCAUGGACUUCAUGGUAUUCACGCUGCGGCUGAUCCAUAUUUUUGCCAUACACAAGCAGCUGGGCCCCAAGAUCAUCGUGGUAGAGCGCAUGAUGAAGGACGUCUUCUUCUUCCUCUUCUUUCUGAGCGUGUGGCUCGUGGCCUACGGUGUCACCACCCAGGCGCUGCUGCACCCCCAUGACGGCCGCCUGGAGUGGAUCUUCCGCCGGGUGCUCUACCGGCCCUACCUGCAGAUCUUCGGCCAGAUCCCACUGGACGAGAUUGAUGAAGCCCGUGUGAACUGCUCCACCCACCCACUGCUGCUGGAGGACUCACCAUCCUGCCCCAGCCUCUAUGCCAACUGGCUGGUCAUCCUCCUGCUGGUCACCUUCCUGUUGGUCACCAAUGUGCUGCUCAUGAACCUGCUCAUCGCCAUGUUCAGCUACACGUUCCAGGUGGUGCAGGGCAAUGCAGACAUGUUCUGGAAGUUCCAGCGCUACAACCUGAUUGUGGAGUACCACGAGCGCCCCGCCCUGGCCCCGCCCUUCAUCCUGCUCAGCCACCUGAGCCUGGCGCUCCGCAGGGUCUUCAAGAAGGAGGCUGAGCACAAGCGGGAGCACCUGGAGAGAGACCUGCCAGACCCCCUGGACCAGAAGGUCAUCACCUGGGAGACAGUCCAGAAGGAGAACUUCCUGAGCAAGAUGGAGAAGCGGAGGAGGGACAGCGAAGGGGAGGUGCUGCGGAAAACCGCCCACAGAGUGGACUUCGUUGCCAAGUACCUCGGGGGGCUGAGAGAGCAAGAAAAGCGCAUCAAGUGUCUGGAGUCACAGAUCAACUAUUGCUCGGUGCUCGUGUCCUCCGUGGCCGACGUGCUGGCCCAGGGUGGCGGCCCCUGGAGCUCUCAGCACUGUGGCGAGGGAAGCCAGCUGGUGGCUGCUGACCACAGAGGCGGUUUAGAUGGCCGGGAACAACCCGGGGCUGGCCAGCCUCCCUCGGACACCUGAGCUGCUUGGCCUGCCACAUGUGGGGCCACCUCUCCUCAGCUGGCCACCCUGCACGUUGUGCACUUACCUUUGCCGACCUCCAGCGGAACCCCCCAGGGGGCACCAGCCCCCCAGCAGACAAUGGCCCUCCUGGUGCCUCACCACAGACCCUCACCCAAAGGAACCGCUCCUUGUCCCUCCUGGCCUCCCCGGAGGCACAGCAGUGUCAUGGGGCUGUCUCCCCUGACAGGCACAACUCCCCGGGCAGAAAACAUGCCCCACCGCGUCCCUACCUGGAAACUGACCAGCCUGCACUGUGGAAAAGCUGGCCCUGUGGCGUGACGGGGGAGCACCCCCAUCCAGACUGCGAAGCUGCUCUGGGGUCUGCACCCACCCCUGCCCUGACUUGUGUUGCCUGACAAGAGACUCAUCUUUUUUUGAAA